GCUGCUCUCUCAGAUACAAUUUCUUCGCGCCCCGAUAAGGCAGCAAGUGUCGUCGUUGACGCAGUAAACAGCUACUACAUAUCCCAACCGUUGGCCUAGCCACUAGCCCAUGCCAGAGCCCACCCUCGCCUCUAUUCGGAGUCGCGAGUUUUCCACAAAAUGCAAACCAUCAAGUGCGUGGUCGUUGGCGACGGAGCCGUGGGUAAGACCUGCCUGCUCAUCUCCUACACAACCAACAAAUUUCCAUCGGAAUAUGUGCCAACUGUCUUUGACAAUUAUGCGGUGACGGUGAUGAUUGGCGGCGAGCCCUACACACUGGGCCUGUUCGAUACGGCCGGUCAGGAGGAUUACGAUAGGCUCCGCCCAUUGUCCUAUCCGCAGACCGAUGUCUUUCUCGUCUGCUUCUCGGUGGUCAGUCCCAGUUCAUUUGAGAAUGUUAAAGAGAAGUGGGUUCCUGAGAUCACGCACCAUUGCCAGAAGACGCCAUUCCUGCUGGUGGGCACACAGAUCGAUUUGCGCGAUGAGACCAGCACACUGGAGAAGCUGGCCAAGAACAAGCAAAAGCCCAUCACCAUGGAGCAGGGCGAGAAGCUGGCCAAAGAGCUGAAGGCCGUCAAAUAUGUGGAGUGCUCGGCUCUGACACAAAAGGGUCUGAAAAAUGUCUUCGAUGAGGCCAUACUGGCCGCCCUGGAGCCACCAGAACCAACCAAGAAAAGGAAGUGCAAAUUCUUAUAAUUCUUUUUUUUUUCUUUCUCUCUCUCUCUCGUCCUAUAUAUGAUGUGUGUUUUUCGUUAUUUCCACACCACAAUGGCCCUGCUUCUUCCUUUUUGGAGUUUAUAGAAGACCCCCUUCGCCCCCCAAGAACAGUUUUAAGGUUUUAAUUGACUUCUACAGCACUACACUAGUUUCAGUUCCGCGUCCCCGUCCCCGUCCCAGACCCGAGUGUCUAUAAGUUUCAGAUGGUGGUUCUUCGCAGCCAUGUCCACCCGCAUAUCCUGUCAUUUUAUUGGUUUUUAGUUAAGUUUUAGUAAACCAGCUUCUGUUCAUUUUGAACCCAGUCCGAAUAGUAUCUUUCUACUUACGGACAAAAGGCUUCCGCCCUAGCCUUGGCCCAGUCCCGAAAUCCAAUGGCAAGUGGAAUCAAAUAUAAAUCAAAACAAUUCGCCCGACCCCGACGCAGAGCCAGAGGUCGGGUCGGGCGCCUACGCCCUACCAUUUCCGCACCCACUAUAGUUUUUUGGCGCAAUUUAUCUAAUUAAGUGAAGAAUGAAAAGAUGAUGAAACACAAUAACAAUAUAGCGAAACAAAUUAUUUAUAUAUAACUUUAUAUAUACAACAAAACAAAUUCGUAAGUGAAAAACAAAAUAACUGAAUGGAAAAUGCAAAUAAAGUGAAAUCAAUCCAGAAUAAAAAAGAAACAGCUAAUCUAAAGGAGGCAAGCAACUGUCAAAUCGAGUCAGAGUCUUAAAAAGCUAAAAAAAUUCAACUAAAAAUAUAUAAUACAAAGUAAAGUCUGGUAAACUCAACUCCAACAAGAUGAGACGACGAAGAAUGCGAUGCGUAUUGUGUACAACUAAGUAUAUGAGUAUUGAAAUAUGAUAAACAACAAAA